AUGAAUUUUUUAAUUUUAUCAUCUUUCUGUCUAUUUGUCUUGAUUCCGAUCACACAUGAAAUAAAUUGUAUAUCUUGUACUGGUUGGAGUAAUUCAGGAUGCAAUGAUCCGUAUAAUGAAGCUACAUCAGGCGAUCUUCCAGUUCCAGGCAAUACCUAUUGUUUAAAAGUGGUCUAUCCAACUUAUGUAGAGCGUAUGGCUGGUGGUCGAGCAUGUACAUCUGGAAGUGGUGUUGGUAGUAGUGUUCGUUAUUGUUGUUCCGAUAAAGAUUAUUGUAAUCGAGCACUAAGUCGCACUGCUUCCAUGAUCAGUAUUAUUUUACUUAUAAUGGCAUGUUUAGCAGUAUUGAUGAGUUAUCAUGCUUUAACUGAUGAAUUACAAUUCGUUAAAAAUAUUGCUCAAUUUUAUAUUCAAGCUAGUAGCAAAGAAUAUGUACUUUCUGAUGUUAGCAGUUUUCAUGUAUUAAUAGCAACAGCCAUUCGACGGAGUAUCGCACCACUUCCAUAUGCUGACGUAGGUCCAAAUGUUAUACGUGCAAUUGCAAGUUAUUCUGAUAAACAAAUGUCUUUAGUUCGUAAUGAUCAGUUCAUUUUUGACUAUGGUUUAACAAAAACUAAACAUUCUACUUCAAUAAGUUCAUCCGGUUAUUUAUCGUUGAAUAAUCGCCGUUUUUCAUUAGUAGACGUAUCUGAGCAUUAA